AGUCGUGGUAGAAACUUAGUAGAUCAUCAGCAGCUAUGAAGACCGUAGCAAUUGUGUUGGUAGCCCUUUCCGUGGCCCAGGCCGCACCUUCCGGUCUUUGGGGACACGGGGCCGCCCUAGCUGGACCAGUCCUAGGACCGGCCGGACUCGCAGGACCAGUAGUAGGACCAGCUGCUCUCGCAGGUCCAGUUGUUGGGCCUGCUAGAAUCUCUGGAGCUGUCGACGGUGGCGCCGUGGUAACUGGAUCAGUGGCAGGACCAUCUGUUGUCUCUGGGAGUGUAGUAGGAGGAACUGCCGUCACUGGUCUAGGAUACGGUCUUGGACCCGUUCUUGGCGUAGGCCCACUUGGUCUCGUUGGUCCAGGUGUGGGACACGGCGCAGUCGUCGCUGGACCACACGCAGGACCUGCUGCACUGUCCGGACCAGUUUCCGCACCAGCCGUCAUAGCUGGUCCUUCCGGUACCAUCUCCGCAGGACAUGCCGGUCUUGGUGGUGUAGUACGUGCCUAUGGAGGACCCUGGUAAUUCCUCAGGAUGCCUCAAAGAAGUCUCGAUCUCAAUUCAACCACCAGGACCUCAUGCCGACCGUCACCCGACCUCCCUGCCGCUCAUACCUCUUUCUUGCCUUUUGUGUGUAUAUAACAAAGUUCCAUAAUAUGCAUAUAAAAAUAAACGUAUUCUUCAAAAA